AUGUUCCCAAUUUUUUUCCCUUGAUUGAGUGAAACAGCGCCUCCCUGCGGUGCGGCGGGUAAAUGUGUGUGUGUUCAGGUACAUUAUGAUCAUUUAAUUAGUAUCAAACAAGCAGAUGCGGUCAGUCACUGUGAAACCACCGCGAAACUGUGAAUGGACACGUCUCUUGAAAUGAAAUUGUGAAGUGACUUCUGAAGCCAGCAGCCAUUAUCCGGCCUGCCAGCAAACAAUAGAAAGUUAGCAACAUUAUUUUAAUGAAACAACUGGCAGAGUUAUCUUGUUUUCCAUUGUUGCUAAUGAUAUUAGCUACAGCGUUUUUGUAACACUAGCUAGCUAGCGCCGAACAAAACACAAAACAUCAACAGGUGCAGAAUGGAGGACUUUGACGUCAGAAAUCUUGUCAAAAGAGUUCGAGAACAAAAGCCUGGAGGGGAGACGAUACUUAAAGACUACACAAUGAGAGGAAAGAAGAAGGACCGAACGCACCAUGAUCUCGUCAACUUUAUUGUCGCUGAUGUGGUGGAAAAGUUGGGGUCCAGGCUCUCUGCAGUAAUAAUACAUGAAGGGCUCCUCUCGCUCAUCCAUUAAUCAGGAGGGAAGCUUAGGUCGGCCCACAUGCUGGUCCCGUCUCCUCCCCGCAUCAGCACAUGGCGUGGCGAGGGCGUGGAUUGGUCAGUUGCGUCAUCUAAUCAGGAAGAAGCGCACCAGCUCAGAAAGCGGGUGCACUAUGCUUGAUGAAAUGUCACGGCCUUUAAUACGAGACAGAGGCGAAGGAGGAGGCUCCAGACACCUCGAAGCCUCCGUGUCUGAACCUGGCACUCCGGUGAUUGGUAUCCUGGGUACGGGCGACUUCUCCCGCUCGCUCGCCAGAAGGCUGGUGGCCUCCGGUUACCAGGUGGUGGUGGGGAGCCGGACCCCCAAACGCUCCGUGGCUCUGUUCCCCGAAGAGGCCGAGGUGACCUCCCAGAUGGAGGCGGCCAGCCAGGCAGACCUGGUCUUUGUCGCUGUGUUCCCUGAGCAUCACUCCACGCUGGUGUGCCUAAAGCCGGCGCUAGCUGGAAAGACUCUGGUGGACGUCAGCAAUGGGUUGCGGAUAAACCGAGAAGGGCCCUCGAAUGCCGAACAGCUUGCCGACCUGUUUCCAGAGAGUUGUGUAGUCAAAGCGUUUAACACUAUAUCAGCGUGGACGCUCCAGGUGGGACCUCGAGAUGGAAGCAGACAGGUUUUCCUGUGCAGUGACAGUAGUAAAGCCAAGAGCUCGGUCAUACAGCUCUGUCGCAGAAUGGGCUUCGUCCCCGUGGAUAUGGGCCUCCUCUCCUCCUCUCUGGAGAUCGAAAACCUCCCCCUUUAUCUAUUUCCUUCCUGGCGCAUCCCCGUCCUCUGCACCCUCUUCCUGUUCAUCUUCUUCUACCUGUACAACUUCACCCGUGACGUCCUGCAGCCCUACAUCGCAUCAGGGAAGAACGCUUUCUAUAAAAUGCCCAUUGACACUGUCAACGUCACCCUUCCCUCUGUCGCCUUGGUGAUGUUGGCGCUGGUUUACAUGCCGGGUUUGUGCGCUGCUUUCCUCCAGCUGUGGUGGGGCACCAAGUACAAACGCUUCCCUAACUGGCUGGACCGCUGGCUCAUCAGGAGGAAGCAGUUUGGUCUGUGUAGCUUCCUGUGCGCAGUUCUGCACGCCAUCUACAGUCUGUGUCUGCCCAUGAGGAAGUCUGCCCGCUUCAAACUGAUCAGCCUCGCUUUGAAACAGAUGAAGGAGGGGACGGAGGACCCGUGGGUUGAAGAGGAGGUGUGGAGGAUGGAGUUGUACGUCUCCGUGGGCAUCAUGGCCCUCGGGCUGCUCUCUCUGCUGGCUGUCGCCUCGCUGCCUUCGGUGGCCAACACCAUCAACUGGAGAGAGUUCAGCUUCAUACAGUCCACUCUGGGUUACUGUGCCUUAUCCAUGGCCACCCUCCACACACUCCUCUACGGCUGGGGCCGCGCCUUCGAAGCGGCCCAGUAUCGCUUCCACCUGCCGCCCACCUUCAUUCUGGUCCUGAUUCUCCCUAUCACGGUCCUGCUGGGCCGCCUGGCUCUCUUCGUGCCCUGCGUGGCCCUGCGGCUCCGACAGAUCCGCCGCGGCUGGGAGAAGAGCCGGCACAUCCGCUUCACCCUGCCGGACGACGACUGUCACAGCGGCCUGGAGGAUGUCAGUAACGUGUGAAGAACGUGCUGUUUAGAUGUACGUUAGAUGAUCCAGAGAAAAAGGUGUAAAAGCAGAGCUCUUAAACAACAUUCACAUAGAAGAGAAAUGAUUUAUACAAGCUUGGAAUCUAUUGAAAGAUUUCUGUGUCUCUCGUCUGAGUAAUUUCAGUGAUUUGUGUCCUUUAAACAAGUAACAGGUAGUUCAAUAGAAUAUAUCUGUCUUUAGAGAUAUUUGACGAGUAUUGAUGCCCUCAACCUUUUUGCACUAUGCAAUCUCAACAAUGAGUAUUUAGUUCAUCCUCAUGCUUUUUACUUUAAUUUAUUAUUUCUGUUUUUACUCUGUUUGAAGCUUCAACACAGAACUGAAGAAAAAUUAUUUUAGCAGAAGCAACACAAGUUCAUAACUGAGUCUUUACUGUGAUCAUCAGAGGUAGUCGGUUCUUCCUCUUGUCUGGUACGUUCCUGUCUUUCAAAAAUUUUGAUGUAUAGGUUAUUUUUGUCAGCCACGUUAGAAAAAUAGCCAAUCAUCUUCAUCACAACAAGUCAGUGUUUCAUUUUUUUCUAUAUUUUGUUUCGCAAUACGUUCAAAAUUCAAUGUGCUGUCAUAUUCAUUUAAAUGUUAAGGGACUGUAUGCAAAUUAUUUGGGUGGAGACGGGGUUCACUUUUUAAAAAAAGCAUGAACCUCCUCUCAAAAAUAUUAAAACAGUAUUGGGUUGGUAUAAGUCCUUUAACCAUAAAUCACUAAAAGAGGCGAAGCAUAAAGAAUUUAAAGUGACCCACGUCAAGGGGAGGCUGAAUUAAAAUAUCAAUAUGGGGACAGAAAAAGAAAGAAACUACCUCUCUCCAAAAAGUCAGACCACCCUGCCUUCAACAAAAAUGAAAAUCAUAUUAUCUUAAUUGCACCAUAUUAUCUUCUCUGACCACCCCCACCCCUAAUCAUUUUCAUACAGUCCCUUACUAGUGCGUUGUUCAUAAGCUCUACUGUGCCAUCUGGAAAAACAAAGUCUGAAGCACUGCUGCUGAAGUAUCUGUCACACUGUGCUGCUGUGGGUUGGCUGGCAUUGUCAACCACAGUACGAGUGUGUACAGAAUUUAAGAAAACUACAUUUGGCUUUUUUUAAUUUCUAUUUUUUUAUGUUACUGAUUAUUAUUUUGUAUGUUGUACUAAACUCACCUGCUGAUAAGUAGAAUACAGUUGACUAAAAACUCUGAGCGGGCUGUUAAAUAACUUCUCAGUUGUUUUCAUUAUGAACAAAAAAAGAUGCCGUUUGUGUUUUUAUGUUCAAGUGAGUUUGCAUUUUCUCUGUUUUUGUGUCUUUGCCAAAGAUGAUUUUCUGAUACCGUCACAGAUAGAUGUUUUAUGAAUCUAAAUGAAAAUAUAGUAUAGUAGUGUACUGAAAUUUAAAUGUCUCUCACCAUGAAGACAUGAAUGUUACAAUUUCAAACUGAUAUUUCUAGAACAUAGAAUAAAACAUUUUUUCUACAAGUUA